CUACCCUGCAUAUGUUUGACUGACAAGCACAUUUUUGACGGAAUUGUACCCUACAAGAGACACUGCUAUUCUACCGUAUUUACUGUGCUGAUUAUUGAAAAAUUGGUACUCGCUAGAGUCUUGGGAAUACGUGCCAACAUGGUGAAGAAACAGCAUGUUCCACGAACCAAAGGAAACGCUAAGGCGGCUAACUCGGAGAGAUCAGCAGCACUACUGUCAUCUGGAGAUAGGCAACUUCCUCCGAUGACAGCAUUCUUUUCGACAUUGGCCUCUGCUUCUAAUCUAGAUUCGGAGGUUGAAGCGACUGUCGACGAAGACUUUCGUCUUGCGAUUAGGAGGCUUUGGAAAAAAGAUCCAACAACACGGCUCAAGGCUCUCCAACAAAUCAUGGGUCUUUUGGAGAAUAAGACGCAAGAAAGUAUUAUGGGAAUGCUACCAUUUUGGACCAGGAAUUUCAACAGAUUAGCUGUGGACGCCGAUCGUCGGAUUAGAGAAGCUACCUUCUUAGCCCACAAACAAAUUUGCGUCAUGACAGGACGCAAUUUAGCACCAUUUCUGAAGGGCGUAUUGGCCACCUGGUUGGCAGGAAUGUACGACGUUUAUGCUCCGGCAGCGUCAGCCGCUCGCUGCGGCUUCGAAACGGUGUUUCCAGUCCACAAACACGCGGAUGUAUUUCUUUUCUAUUUGAAGGACACUUUAUUUCAAUUCCGUGAGAUCCUGUUUAAUUUGACGGUGGCAACAGUUCCCGAUAACGCUGAGCUCGACCAAAACGAGAAAAGAGCUAAGCUUGCGAGAAUGUUAAACGGAGCUUUUCUGGCGACAGCCUACGUUAUUGAUGUUAUCUUGCAAAAUGACAAUUCACCUGAGCGCAGUGCCAAAGUAAAGGAUCAGCUUAAUCCAAAGAUAGAGGAGUUAACUAAUGACCCCAGAUUUUGGAAAUUCGCUAAACAUACUGAGUCUUUAGUUAAAAAAGCUUUCUAUCGACUCCUUCAAUCCACAAUCGCAGCGAAUAUGAUCGCUGACUUGGAAAAGGUCACCAAAAUCACCCUUUGUUGUCUCGCAGAACAGGAUCCAACGCUUUGCUUAACAAUCUGGGAAGCAUCUCUCCAACUGCUUAGGACUCACCCCAAUUGCUGGCAGUAUAUCAAUCUGCAGAAGGCUUUUAUGCCUCAACUGAAAACUUUCUUGAACAGCCGUGCAUUUGGAAACGCUUCGGCAAUUUUUCCGAUUUUCCUGCUUUUCUACACACAAAUUCCAGAGAAGGAAAGGUACCGUGACCAGAUUUUAGCUAAUCUUCGUGAAGGAUUAAUGACAGGAGUUACUUGUACUACGGCAUUAACUGAACUCAAUGCAACUUCCACAGCCUUUAUGGAAUGUAUCCGCUACGAAAUGGUCCACCAUGCUGAGACGGCCAGCGACAUUCUGAAGGUCUAUAACGACCAUUUGGUUCCCAUCCUGCGAUCGCUACUUAUCUCAUCCGAUUCUGCAUCCGAUUGGUCUUCACGAAUGAGUGAUUCCUGUAUUUUUGCUGACUUACAAGACCUGGUCUUAUUCCUUGAAAAGAAGUCGCUUAAAAGUAAAGAAGAUAGCACAGCUGCGAUUCCUACAGACAACGAAAAAUACACCGCCGUUGAAUCCAUUUGGGAAAAUAUCUACUCCUUAUCUGUUGAAGCAUUGGACUCUAAUUCCUUGAAAAUGCUAAAAAAGUUCUACUACGAUCUCAAUACGUACCACGAAAAGGCAAAAGCAGACGGUUUCCCUAGAAAACAGGCUCGUAAAGAAGUUCGUUUUGGUCCUUCUAAAGAACAUUGUGUGAGUAUAAAGGAGUCUUCUGUCGAAAGCGGAGUAUCCAGUGGAACCAAGCGACCCGGAUUUCGGAACCAUAAUAACCCGUUCUCUAGUUCGCGGUACUCCGGUAUUUGUCAACGUUUUCUCGGCUAUCUUUUGAACACUGUGCGCUCCAAGCCGUCGGUUGAGAUUGUUAACCUUUUCAGUGACCUGUUUUCCUAUAGUUGCUCGAACGCCGAGUUCCUCAGGACUUUUGAAAAAAUGGUACUUUUAGGACGUACAUUGUCGUCGGAAAUAGAGGUCUUGCUUGAAGAACAUGAAGAGCUGGCACCAGCAGCGGUGAAGGUGAUUCUUCGAGUUGCGGCUGUCAAAGAAUCGGGUAGUGAGAACGGUCUUACUAUUAACGCCCUUGAAGAGCGUUCAAACGACCUCCUGUUGGUGAUCUUGUCUGAAGCUUUUGAAUGCGAUGCGCAAAGUACUCCGCUUCUCCGAGACUAUUUCAAGAGGAAGUCCUUUCAGAAAGCACUUGAUGAAGCCGUGCAAGGCCCAUCAAAGUGGGACGUCCUUCAGGCCUGUUUGCACCUCUGUGGAAAAACGGAUCUUCAACUCUUUCCUGAAGCUAUUGUUAAGUGGUUAAUACAGAAACUCGUCGAGACGGUGACUGGUAUAUCUCCAAAGGAAUUUACAGAUUUAGCUGCAGCACUUCCCGAUUUGUCUGAAGAACUCCUUCAGUUUUGUGAGGUUGUGCAUUCGCUCUUCGAUUUGAGUAGUGAUGUGUGGACUUUGCCGGACAUGUCGACUUUGAUUAAAGCUACCUACGAAGCCAGUCUAGAAUGGGGAGAAUUAGCAGGGGCUGAUUCCAGCAUUAGCAACAGACAAAACGGCGAAGCACCCUCAACGUCAACACUUACGGAGGAUAUCGAAGGUCCUGAACAGGUGGCGAACCGUCUCAAAGAUGUUUGGGCUGGUGCUUUGGCUCAUUCUGUCUAUGAACUGGUCCAAGACAAUGUCCAGAAAAGUAGGACAGUGGCCCUGAACUGUCGACUCAGUUUGAUUGAUGACAUCAAAAUGAGAAUAUGCCAUGCCUCAGAGGGUCAAGUUAAAUAUCUGACUCGAGCCUCUUUUGAGCUGGUCGGUGAUGACGAGGAUGACCUAACUUUUCUCAAGAGGUUGGUGCCGUCCUCUUCGGAGCUAGAAACCAUCUGCGUUGAGAAUCGGAUUGGAGAUCACGCUCAAAGCUUGGCCUUAACAAGAGGCGAAGGACCUGUUAUCCUUUCGGAUGGCGAUUACUUGGAGAACCCCGGUGAAGUUCUACGAAACACGUGUCAGAUUCUGCUAGAAGUGUGUGCUUCAAAGAAAGCGGUCCAUCUAAUAGAUAUCAACUUCCUUCUGUUAGCUAAUUUUGUUGAGUCGCAGCCUCGACUCAAAUUUGUCGUAGCCACCCUCAUCGACGAUGCACCCAGAGCAGCCUCUGUAGUCAUGAACCUGGCGCGUCGAAAAAAUGCUCAUUGGCACCUCGUGCUUGACUCACUAUUAGCUUCAGUGGAAAUGCUCCGACCAAAUUCAGUAUGGCAUUGGACUGACUGCCCCCCGGAUGUAAAACAGGUAUUUAUUCAAUACGAACGUGAUGAGAUGAAAGCGAAUCAGCUACUUAGCGAGACGGUGGCUCAGGUAAUGGCCUCAGAGGAUUUCAUAGAUCCCAACCUUCUCUGUUUAGCUUCGAGGUGUCUACGGCGCGCGUCUGGCGAGAGUCGAGAUUUGGACACCGUGAGGUUGCUCAAUGCAAUGCAGGGCUUUAAAGGACGUCAGCCCGGUCUGUUUGAUGCUUCUAGCCCGACUGGCUUCCAUUUGGCUCUAUGUGGGUUCUUCAUUGCUGUCCUGACUCAUUGUCGACCUGCACUUAAACCACUGAAUUGGGACUUCAUUUUGCUUACAUUGACGUCAAUGGUAGAAACGUUUUCAUGGACGAAUCCAACAUCGGCCUCCGGUAAAGCCUCAGAGCCAACAAGGGUCGCCUCUCGAAUAUGGACGGGUUGCGGGAUAGCGCUCACGGAGGCAAUUUCCCUAAUAAGCAAGCUGUCCGCGGAAGAAGAUGAAAAUGACCAAGUUCCUCACGGAGUGCGCCAUGAAUGGAAAAACUUCUAUCAGAGUGUUAUCGUUCAGACACUGAUACCUUUAAUGACGAUGGCGCCAAAGAAGCUAUCUCAACUUCCUGGCAUCGUACUGGAAAGUGUGGCACAUGCGUACACAUUUAUGGAUCCGGAAGAGGUGAAGAAACACUGGACUAAUGGAGAUGAGCUGGGCUUUAACGGAAUUUUAGGACAGCUUUGUGGAUUACUGAUCACUGAUUCCCUGUCCGUGCAAUUCGCUGCAUACUCGCUUGCAUCUCGAAUUGUAGGCGAAGCAACGCGAGAACACGAUGAAUUAGUAGAGGAGCAGGACGAUAUGUUAGAGGACGGUACUACAGUAGAUCGAAAUGAAAAAGGGAUUCCCAUUGAUGAGACGCUUCUUGAGUGCUUGAAGGACGCUACAAUUUCAAUGUCCAUGCUGACUAAACGAUAUGCAAUAGAAGAUCCUCUCCCGGAGGCCUCGCUAAUACCCACAGAUCGAACGGCUGUGUCCGGAUACCUGUUAACGUGCUCGCUUGCUCUUCAAUUUUGCGUAAAAUCCGCGCGACAGGUCCGCGCACUCUAUAUACGGUUUUUGGAAGAGCAAGAUCACAUGGCUCGCUAUCUGCGAAACCUCUUCAUUCUUAUGCCUCGUCAGCCACCGGUUAACGCUUUUAGUUUUGGCCUUUUGGACGAGCGCCCAACGACACUUGUCCAUAUUAUUUGCUGGUCACUAGUACAGAUCUGCACACUAGUGCCCGGAGUCCUUCGUUCUUGGUACAUGCAGCUAAGCGACUAUAAAGAGGCCCAAAUCGUUGAGAAGAUAACGACCAAAUACGUAUCACCGCUAUUAAUUGAGCGCGAAUUGGCCAAUGUACGAAGUGGAUCUCACCGCCUGGAGAAUGUCUCGGUCGCAGCACUACCGUCAACCAGAGAAAUCAAAGCAACCUAUAUUCUCGACGACGUCACGAAGCGUAUACAAAUUUCUAUUCAAAUGGAUGCAUGUCAUCCACUUAAGAAAAUACAGAUUAUAAACAACUGUGAACAGGUGCCGGUGUCCGCACAAAAGUGGCGUCAAUGGCUCUACAAUUUGAGUUGGUUUCUUAAUGAAAACGGCUCCAUCCAGGAGGGAUUGUCGAACUGGAAACAAAAUCUCGACCGCAGACUUGAAAACGGUGGUGAAGAAUGUUGUAUUUGUUUCUCGGUUGUGCAUAUGACGACUCUCCGACUACCAAAUUACCCAUGCCGAACAUGCAGGAGAGUGUUCCACAAAACGUGUAUUUACAAGUGGUUGCAACAUGGCCACGCAACAUGCCCGGCCUGCCGAACGCUCAUCGCGUAGAUAACAUUAGUUAGUCGCUUCCGUACCUUUGGCCCCUAAUGGAAGUGAGCCGCUUUGUGACAAUAUGCGUCUGAAGACAGCAUGAAUGGAUGCGGGCUACUGAGGAAUUAUGUGCUAUUCCUCUUCAUCGUGGGCCAUACUUCCGGCGGAAUGGAAACUGCGUCGCUCGUAAUCGGCGAUUGGUCCAGAUCCUAGGGCAACA